UUAUGUUCGUUUGUUACGAAAGAUAGGAAGAUCAUUUCGAACCCUACGCACAUGUAUCUAUAUAAACCCUACUCAACUUCCAGUACUGUCCAUAACCAUUAGUCCUCCACUUCCCAAUAUAGUGAAUCACAGAGCCACAUAGAUCCACAAAACUAAGUUCCCAUUCUUCGAUCAGCGACGUUGUUGAAGAUGGUUUCUUACGAGUAUGUUCUCGGUGGAAUGUUAGUUUCUUUGCUGGGCUCUGUUUUCUUCAUGAUCAUCAGUUCUACUUUAGGAGGAAAGAAACAAUUCAAGGUUUCAAGUGAAGUAAGGAGUAAUGGGUUCGGAAACGGUGAGUUUCAGCCGGAAAUGGAGGAAAAAAGUACUGAUGUCGUCAUUGUGGGUGCCGGAGUUGCCGGUGCAGCUCUUGCUUACACUCUUGCCAAGGAAGGACGACGUGUGCAUGUAAUAGAAAGAGACUUGAGUGAGCCAGAUAGAAUUGUUGGGGAGCUACUGCAGCCUGGGGGAUAUCUCAAAUUGAUUGAGUUGGGUCUCGAGGAUUGUGCAAAUGAGUCAAUUGAUGCCCAGAAAGUGUUUGGUUAUGCUCUUUACAAAGAUGGGAAGGAUACAACUCUGUCUUAUCCCUUGAAGAAAUACAGUUCAGAUGUGGCUGGGAGAAGUUUCCACAAUGGCCGUUUUAUUCAAAGAAUGCGUGAAAAAAUUGCAACUCUUUCAAAUGUAAAAUUGGAACAAGGAUCAGUGACAACACUAAUCGAGGAAAAGGGCAUUGUCAAAGGGGUUAUUUACAAGAACAAGGCUGGAGAGGAGCUGAGAACAUAUGCUCCCCUAACAGUUGUGUGUGAUGGCUGCUUUUCAAAUCUGCGAAAAUCUCUCAGUGCUCCAAAGGUUGAAAGUCCCUCUUGUUUUGUUGGUUUGAUCUUGGAGAAUUGUGAUCUUCCACACGCAAAUCAUGGGCAUGUCAUAUUGGGAGACCCUUCUCCCAUCCUGUUUUAUCCUAUCAGUUCCACCGAGGUUCGCUGUUUGGUGGAUGUACCUGGAACAAAAGUACCUUCAGUAGCUAGUGGUGAAAUGGCCAACUAUUUGAAAACAGUGGUGGCUCCUCAGGUUCCCCCACAGCUGUACAAUGCUUUUAUGGCCGCAGUAGAGAAAGGAAACAUUAGAUCCAUGCAAAAUAAAAGCAUGGCUGCUAAUCCUCUUCCUAGUCCUGGUGCAAUUUUAUUAGGGGAUUCAUUCAACAUGAGGCAUCCUUUAACAGGAGGAGGAAUGACUGUGGCUCUUUCAGACAUUGUUCUUCUCCGCGAUCUUCUUAGACCCUUACAUGAUCUUGAUGAUGCACCGGCUUUGUGCAAUUACCUAGAAUCAUUCUAUACACUGCGUAAGCCUGUGUCAUCUACCAUAAACACAUUGGCAGGUGCUUUGUACAAGGUGUUUUGUGCAUCACCUGAUCUGGCAAGACAGGAAAUGCGUGAAGCCUGUUUCGGCUAUUUGAGCCUUGGAGGCAUCUGCUCCUAUGGACCAGUAUCUCUUCUCUCUGGUCUUAACCCUCGUCCAUUACACUUGUUUCUCCAUUUCUUUGCUGUUGCCAUCUAUGGUGUCGGCCGCUUACUGUUUCCAUUCCCUUCACCUAAGCGCAUGUGGCUUGGGUUUCAAUUGAUCUUGAGUGCAUCAGGCAUCAUAUUCCCGAUCAUAAAGGCUGAAGGAGUUAGACAGAUGUUCUUUCCUGCCACAGUACCAGCAUACUACAGAUCUCCUCCUGUUCAUUAAAGAAAUGGAACUAGUAUAUGAAUAUAUCUAGAGAGAGAAAAAAAUGA